AUGACACCCGUCAACCCACUCCCGGGCCAUUUGUCAUGUCAGCUGAAGGUGACAGGCGGUGCAAUUAGUUGUAAAUACUUAGUGGGUAAAUCGUUUAAAACAGCCACGCCCCCUGAGUUAUGUGGGCAGCUUUUCUCACGCCAGAUUGGCAGGUCGGUGGUUAGUGCUAGCUUGGCCAUGCCGCAGGGCGAGACAUUCCACCGGGCGGUCUCGAAAGUUCUUUAUAUUUCACAAAUAUAUGGCCUGCUUCCGGUCAGCAAUGUUCGCGCUUUGGAUGUCGCGAACAUCCGGUUCAGUUGGUUCUCUCCUCGCAUUUUUUACUCCACUCUCGUUUUAAUCCUAAAUCUCUGCGAAUUUGGGGCCGUCAUAAACUAUGUCAUCAAGGUGGCCAUCAACUUUCACACCUCCAGCACGCUUUCUUUGUAUAUUGUCUGUCUCUUGGAGCACCUUUUCUUCUGGAGACUGGCCAUCCAGUGGCCAAGGAUUAUGCGCACCUGGCAUGGAGUGGAGCAGCUCUUCCUAAGGGUUCCUUAUAGGUUUUACGGGGAGUACAAGAUGAAAAGGCGCAUCUACAUUGUGUUUGCCAUUGUAAUGUCAUCGGCUUUGGUGGAACACUGUCUGCUGCUCCUCAACUCGUUCCAUCUCAGCAACAUGGAGCGCACCCAGUGCAAGAUCAAUGUCACCUACUUCGAGAGCAUCUACAAGUGGGAACGUCCUCACCUCUACAUGAUCCUGCCCUACCACUUUUGGAUGCUGCCUAUUUUAGAGUGGGUUAACCAGACUAUUGCCUAUCCGCGCUCCUUCACCGACUGCUUCAUCAUGUGCAUUGGCAUUGGAUUGGCCGCCAGAUUUCAUCAGCUCUAUCGAAGGAUUGCUGCUGUUCAUAGGAAAGUAAUGCCUGCGAUUUUUUGGACAGAGGUGCGGGAACAUUAUCUGGCCUUAAAGAGGCUUGUGCAUCUUCUGGAUGCCGCGAUAGCCCCACUGGUUCUCCUGGCCUUUGGCAAUAACAUGUCCUUUAUUUGCUUUCAGUUGUUCAACAGCUUCAAAAAUAUAGGAGUGGACUUUCUUGUAAUGUUGGCCUUUUGGUACUCCCUUGGCUUCGCCGUUGUCCGCACCUUAAUGACAAUUUUUGUGGCCUCUUCAAUAAACGAUUACGAAAAAAAGAUUGUCACAGCUUUGCGGGAUGUGCCCUCCAGAGCUUGGUCCAUAGAGGUUCAGCGUUUUAGCGAGCAAUUGGGAAAUGAUAUGACAGCUCUCUCCGGCGCUCACUCGUCCUGGCUGUAGAUGGGCACCACAAUCAUCACCUAUGAGCUCAUGAUAUCGGAUGUCAUCAACCAAGGUUCCAUCAGGCAAAAGACCCAGUACUGCAGGGAAUACUAG